CUUUGUUAGACCACGAGGUAAACGUGGUUAAGGUUAUUAUAUGUUAUAUAUUUACAGUUGUGAGUUAUGAGAUAAAAGAAAACUCUGUUUAUUUUAAUUAUAUUUCCAGCUAAUUAAAAAUGUCCUCUGGAAGAAGACCUGAACACCAAGCUCCUCCGGAUAUUUAUUAUAAUGAAACUGAGGCCAAAAAGUAUACACAAAACUCCCGGAUGAUAGAAAUUCAAGUUCAGAUGACAGAAAGGGCCUUAGAACUAUUGAGUUUACCAGAGGAUGAACCGGCAUUGCUUUUGGAUUUAGGUUGUGGAUCUGGUUUGAGUGGAAGUGUUCUAGAAGACAAUGGCCACAUGUGGGUUGGACUUGAUAUUUCUAGAGCAAUGUUAGAAGUUGCAUUAGAAAGAGAAGUCGAAGGUGAUCUGGUACUCAGUGAUUUGGGCCAAGGUAUUCCCUUUCGAGCAGGUAUGUUUGACGGAGCUGUUAGCAUCAGUGCUUUGCAAUGGUUGUGUAAUGCUGAUCAAGCUACACAUAAACCUGCAAAAAGACUUUAUAAGUUUUUUUCAAUGUUGUAUACAUCAUUAAGUCGAACGGCUAGAGCAAUUUUUCAGUUUUAUCCUGAAAAUCCUGAUCAGAUAGAGUUAGUAACAACACAAGCAACAAAAGCGGGAUUUUUCGGAGGGCUUGUUGUUGAUUAUCCUAAUUCAACCAAAGCCAAGAAAUACUUCUUGGUUUUGAUGGUUUCGUCAAGUGCAGCUUUGCCUAAGGCAUUAGGAACCGAAAGUGAUAAUACCACUAUUGCUUUUUCAAAAGAUCGAGCAAAAUUCAAAAAAUUUCAUGGAAAACCUCUGAAAAAAAGUAAAGAUUGGAUUUUAGAAAAGAAAGAAAGGAGGCGAAGGCAAGGUCUUGCAACAAGAGAAGAAUCUAAAUACACUGCCAGAAGAAGAUGUGGGAAAUUUUAAUGUUUAAUAUUGUACAUUUCUUUUGUAAAUAUAUAUAUUUUUAUAGGUAAAUAUAAUUGUUAUUAUUUUUCUGUUCCUGUAUUUUACAU